CCGGGAUGACUGUCAUGGCGGCGCCCAUAACGCUCUAGCGAAACGAACCUAAACACGUUCACGAAAAGAUAAAGCGCUGUGGAGUGAAGCAGCCAUGAAGUUCAAAGAUCUGCUGAAGUGGAACGCCAGAGUGUCCGCCGUGUACGCGAUUGGUAUUUGGACCAUGAUCGGCUCGUACGCUUACCUGAAAUACACAGGUCGCUGCGAGGUCGCGCUAGUGAAAAAAGAAGAAGUGGAAGAGCCGCAGGAUCCAAACCAGGAGGUCUACGAGACGGCACACUCCAAAACGGUCAUCACCUAUAAGAAAGACUUUGUCCCGUACACCACAAGGAUCUACAAUCUCAUCUCAUCCUUCAGCGGCGAUCGAGGGGCUGGAGACGGCAACAAAUGAACCUGUCCAGUUAAUAUUUAUGUAUUUCUGUGAGGACAUUAUUAUAAUGUUUUUGUUUUUUUAAGGAAACUCCAGCUGCGUAUCCACCUGUCCUGCUCUGAUGGCCUCAGCCAGCUUUUAGUAUCAAACUGUAAAUAGUAUUCAGUACUGUUCUGUAAUUCAGAUGCUCAUGAUGUGUAAAUAAACCCCCAAAAUGCUGAAA